AUGUCCAGAGCACUUGACAAAGCCACCACCUCCGCCUUAAAGGCCGGCAACCCUCAAGCAGCCUACGAUUCCAUCUCCUCCGUUCUGGUCUCGCUGCCAUCUGACGGCCUUCUCGAGAUUGAGAUCCUUGGCAAAGAGGUUCCGCUGCCCGAGGGGGCACACGUACUCCAAGAUGGACUUGCGGUAGGAGUGUCGAAGCUUGGUCUCGUUCAAGCAUUUCUUGUUGCUAGAAGGAUACUCAAAGAUCACAUCCAAGGCACAUCACAAACUGACCAGGACUUGUCUGCCGCAACAGCAGUCAUUCUUCUCAUGGAUCCAGAGUUCCUCACCGCUGCAAAUACGCGGAAACGACUUAUCCAGAGACAUAUGGCAGAGAGUCAAGGUGGAGAUAAACGACUCGAAAUCCAGAUGGUAUUAGACAAGGAAAAGAGGUUUCUCGACAGCUUACUCACAAGUCGACUUCAUCGCCACACAAAGUCACCUACACUGUGGAACCAUCGUCGAUGGCUAGUUGAGACCUUUGCAUCCUCACUAGGAAUGUCCGUGGACGUCCCUGGGGAUGUCACAAACAUCGUGUUUGUGGCCGGAGAACGACAUCCUCAGAACUACUACGCCUGGUGCCACGCUCGAAUCCUCACCCAUCUGGCAGAGCAACAGGCGGACAACUACGAUGACUGCCUGAAAGGCCUCCUGGACGCUGUCAAGAAGUGGUGCUUUAGGAACCACACUGACAUAUCUGGCUGGUCGUUCCUCUUCCACCUGCUGGACCGCUGCUGUGGAGAUGCUAGGAUCAUAUCGUCGACAUUUAGCGAAGUUCUCGACAUGAGCAGGUCUCUCCGUCUCACCAAUGAGUCUGUAUGGGUGUUUCUUCGAACCCUGGCAGCGUCCGGAAUCGUAGACGAGAAUGCGCAGGCACAAUUCAUCACGUUAGGGCAAGAGUUAUUGCGAAAAGCAUCUGCCGAGCAGCACUCACCCGACGAGCAAGUGUUGCGGUCGGCAUUGGACUGGUACGAGACUUAUCGGCGCAGAAGAGACAGCUAG